AUGAUUCAGCUGCAGAGAGAAAACAUCUCUUGUACCAUCUGUUUGGAUCUACUGAAGGAUGUGGUGACUCUUUCCUGUGGACACAGCUUCUGUAAGAACUACAUUAAAGACCACUGGAACACAGAGGACGAGAAGAGGAUCUACAGCUGCCCUCAGUUGGAGGAGCUGAAGAAGACUGGACUCCAAGCUGCUCCUGCUGAUCACUGCUAUGCUGGAGCUGAAGAUGUGGCCUGUGAUGUCUGCACUGGCAGGAAACUGAAAGCUCUCAAGUCCUGUUUGGUUUGUUUGGCGUCUUACUGUGAGGAACAUCUCCAGCCUCAUUAUCAAUCACCUCCAUUCAAGAAACACAAGCUGGUGGAGCCGUCCAAGAACCUCCAGGAGAACAUCUGCCCUCGUCACAAUGAGGUGAUGAAGAUGUUCUGCCGCACUGAUCAGCAGUGCAUCUGUUAUCUCUGCCCUGUGCAUGAACAUGAAGACCAUGACACGGUCUCAGCUGCAGUAGAAAGGAAGCAGAAGCAGAGAGAGCUAGAUCUGAGUCUAGACGAAAUCCAGCAGACAGUCCAGGACAUAGACAGAGAUGUGAAGGUGCUUCAACAGCAGAGGAAGACUCUCAGUCUCUCUGCUGAUAAAGCAGUGGAGGACACUGACAAGACCUUCACUGAGAUGAUGCGUCUCCUGCAGAAAAGAAGCUCUGAUGUGAAGCAGCAGAUCAGAUCCCAGGAGGAAAAUGAAGUGAGUCGAGUCAAAGACGUUGAGAAGAAGCUUCAGCAGGAGCUCACUGUGCUGAAAAAGAGAGAAGCUGAACUGAAGCAGCUCUCACUCACACACGAUCACAACCAGUUUCUCCUCAACUACCGCUCACUGUCAGCACUCAGUCCAUCCACACACUCGUCCACCAUCAACGUCUGUCCUCAGAGACACUUUGAGGAAGUGACGGCGGCUGUGGCAAAGGUCAGAAGUCAACUGCAGGAAGACCUGACCAAGACGUGGACAAACUUCUCACUGGCUGUGGCUGAAGUAGAUGUUUUACUGCCAGAACCAGAACCAAAGACCAGAGCUGAAUUCUUCAGAUAUUCACAAGAAAUCACACUGGAUCCAAACACAAUGUUUGGAGCUGAAUUGAGAUUUGCUGAAUCGAACUAGCUCUUACCGUCGGUCACAGAGGUGGAGACGUGCUGUGGACAUGGAGGUCAGGAGCAGCGGAAGUCCAGGAACCGUGGCCCCGGGUCUGUGGAGGAAGUGGCUCCCAGAGGCCCCGGAUAAGCCGGCGCACAGCCACGUGGACUCUUUCCUCACCGCAGCUCGGCUGCUCCGCGGGGGAGGACGUGUGGAGGAGGAGGGGAAGACGGUGGGGUGGCAGUCAUCUCGUCGGUCAAACCAAACCCGUGAGACCAGGCCGGACGGGAACCAGGGGCCGAAACACGCCAUGGUGUUCCUGAAAGAUCUGAGGAGCAGGCAGGUCCACCUCACAGAGAACAGGAGAGAGGACAGAGAGUCCGGCUGCGAAAAGACAAACACGGGUGAAGAGAAAGACACGGACGAAGGGCCAUUCUCGGGUCACGGACAGACAGAGAGACAGAAAGACAUCGUUGUGUGCAUCUGGAAGUCGGGAUGUCGCGUCAAAUGCAGACAGUCCACGAGGUUCAAGGCCCCGGUUCUGCCCGCCAUCGCUGAGAUUUAGAGCUUCACGACAAAGACUUACAGUGGGUUGACUUUUGCGAAAAAUCGUGCUGACGCAACGACGCGACAGCCAAUCGGCAAUAUGGACACGCGCAGAUGGGAUCUGAUCACGUACGAUGGUUGAGGAAGGAGAAAGAUCAGAUUCUGAUGUUUAGAAAUCCCGAUUUUUGGGCCAAAAAGGACUUAAACACCUGCUUCUUCUUAGUUUUCGAUGAAAGCGACAGAAUCUCACGCUGCGACAAACUCACCUCAUGAAGUGACAAAAGCUGGCUGUAUUCAUCAUGAUACAGCAGUAAUUUCAUAAUAAAAGCAUUUGUGUUGUGUAUGUGCGACGAUAAAUAUAUUUUACAAUAAAAUGUAUUUGUGAUGCAAAAUCAAUCUCAAUAAAAUAAGUGGCGGGCCAAAAGAAAUCAAUUGAGGCCCACAUGUGGCCCAUGGGCCGCGAGUUUAGGACCUCUGAUGUAUAGUGUAAUGUGUUUGCAAAAAAUAAAAUUCAAUUCUACGUGCAAAA